AUGAACUUAUUCAACUCAGCUCUGCGGAAAAACAUCACCUUCGUCCACCCGGCGUAUUUCAUAAUCAGUGGGUUCGCCGGCAUCCCAAAUAUAAAACUUUACUACGUCUUUCUGUGUUUUGUGUAUAUCUUUUCCGUGCUGGCAAACACUGCAGUCAUGGCCGUAAUAUGUUUGGAUCCCAAUCUGAGAACUCCAAAGUAUAUCAUAGUUUUUAACCUGGCCUUUACGGACCUGUUCAGUAACUCUGCUCUGGUGCCGAAGGUCCUGGACGUCUUCCUGUUCAACCAUCACCACAUCCCCUACAACGACUGCCUGACCUUCCUGUUCUUCUGCUACACCUGUCUCUCCAUGCAGUCUCUCAACCUGGUGGCUCUCUCCUACGACAGACUCAUCGCGAUCAUAUUUCCGCUGCACUACCAAGUGAAAGUGACCCACAGGUUCAUGCUGUGUUUGAUCGCCUCUUUCUGGGCCUUUGUUAUCGUCGCUGUGCUCAUAUCAGUCGGCCUCAUCACGAGACUCUCCUUCUGUGAGUCUGUGGUGGUUAACAGUUAUUUCUGUGACCACGGGCAGAUCUACCGGCUGUCGUGUAACGACCAUUACCCCAAUUAUGUGCUCAGUUGUUUGUACCCGGUUCUUAUUUUCUGGCUGCCACUCGUUUUCAUCUUGAUGAGUUACAUGUACAUCAGCUGCACUUUGGCCAAAGUGGCCACCGCUCAUCAAGGUCUCAAAGCCUUUAAGACGUGCAUCGGUCAUCUGUCAUUGGUGGCCGUUUACUUCAUCCCUCUGUUGAUCACAUUCACCCUGAUGGAGAAGAUCCAUCCAAAUGCCAGGAUCAUAAACCUGUCCCUGACCUCGGUCUUCCCCCCCAUGUUGAACCCCAUCGUUUACGUUCUGCAGACACAGGAAAUCAAAGAAUCUUUGAAGAAGUUGUUAAACAUCAAAGGGAAAUUCAAAAAAAUAACAGCAAUGUGA